AUGAUUUGCCGAGGAAAGAUCUCUAAAUUGAAUGGACCAAUUUUCGUUCUUUCAAUAUUUUCAUAUUUUUUUCCGAGUCGGUUAAUUUAUCUAGUGUGAAAUCACAUCAAAAUAUACAAAGUGUUUAACGCACCCGUUCGAGAUGGAAAAUAUUUAGAAUUUUUUUGUUAUACGAAAUAAUAUAAUUGAGUUUUUGCUUAUAAGAUUUUCAGUUAUUCGAUUAAAGAAAGUCUAUUACAGUUAGUCAAUUUUUGUACAAAAUAUUGUUAUGGAGGACAGUACAACUUCAGCGGUGCACAUUUAUUUUUGAAAGAAGCAAAACGGAUUGCUAAAAAUAAACUUUAAUUAUUUCUUAAGAAUAAAAAAACAGAAUGGUGGAAUAUUAUUUAUAGUGUUUUGUAACUUCUUCGGUUUAUUUCCACAUCGAUGAAAUGUUAUGAAUUACACACGAAUCCCCAUCCAGUGAUAAACGUGUUAAUCCAUUUUUUGUCGUGAGUGAACAAUUUAUCGAUACAGUUUUUCCAUCGAAGAAUGAUAUUCAAUUGAACUUUGUGGCUUUACAUAUUUCUGCCACCCAACAGUAAAAUACGGAAAAAAAAAGUUUCUGAAAAUGUCGGUUCAGUGUGUCGACAGAAUUUGUUCCCGUAUAAAAAUGUUCCAAAUGUAAAUGUAAAGACGGAUACACAAUACGCAAACUGUAUCGAAUUCAGAAUAAAUAUAAAUAAAAAAUCGAACGAGAAAAAAAAACUCGUGAUAAUACCUCCGGGGAUAUCGAUACGCUUUCACGAUGUCAACGCGUCGAGCUCAAUCAAUGCCACCCACAGCAUACGAUAAAGUGCCGAAAGAACGUGGCCGUUGCAUAGCUGCUGUUUGUGUAUCAUGGAAAGUUUUCACCUGUAUUUUCUCACACGUUCUGCUCAUUUCAAUUGUAGUCGCUUACUGUUUCGGUGGAGCGUACAUGUUUCAACAUUUCGAAGCAUCAAAUGAACUUUUGGUGAAAAAAGAGGUCGGAACAAAAAGAUUCGAUUUAACGGAGCGCAUCUGGAACAUGACGUAUAAGGAUGAUGGGGUGCUUUAUGAAAAAAAUUGGACAGAAGCAGUCGAAGCAGAAUUGCGGAAUUUCGAAAAUUCCAUUCUGACAUUAAUGAAAGUACAAGGAUGGGACGGGGACGAAAGUGACCAGAAUACUCAAUGGAAAUUUCAUGGCGCGUUGUUUUACUCUAUCAUUGUCAUCACAACAAUUGGUUAUGGUCACAUUGCACCGAAAACGCCUUACGGUAAAAUUUCAACGAUAUUUUAUGCGAUCUUGGGGAUUCCACUUAUGUUAUUGUGUUUGUCGAACAUUGGCGAUAUAAUGGCAAGCUCUUUUAGAUUCAUUUACUGGAGAGUCUGCUGCUUCGUUUGUACCAGAGAACCAAAACGGGCGAAUCGAAUGCGACGACAAAAUACCCUACGUCAAUCGAAUCGCUACACCGGCAAGUCAAAUCAAUCGCUGAGACGAUCCAUUAGAGUAUCGCAACGGACGGCUGAUUCCGGUUUUGAUACAUACGAGCCUAGUCUGAUGCAUGCAUAUUCGGACACUGAAUUAAGAUAUAACGUUGAAGAUUGGGACCGAGACACCAAUUUCAACAAUAAGUCAUCACAGAACCGUAACCAAAGAUUGGGACGAAAUAGGAACCGUGAAAGUUAUCGUGAUCGACACACAGUGGAACGAGACAAAAAUGUGAACCGUCCCGGACAGAUUAAUAGAUUUAAUGACGAAUCGUUUGGUACAUUGCCAAGAAGUAACAUUCAAAGAAAUGCUCGAUCUCAAUCUGUUGCUCGCGACCAUCAUAAUCAACGUAGGGGUCAGGAGAUUUAUAGUGACAUGACACUACCAGCUUCGUUCGGUCGAUAUAAAUCAAAACCCCAAGGUCAAGCAAUUAGAGCCCAAUCAUUAGAUCCCCGAGCGCGUCGUGAUCAACCAACCGAUUUUGAUUUUGAUGAGCUUCCAUGUAAAACGCCGGUAUUAUGUAACAAAUAUGCCAUCGAUGAAUUGGAUAACGUAGAGAGUGGCAAGAGACCGAAUCUACGAAGUCAGUCUAUGCCUCGCCAACAGCACCACCAUAAUUUUGGUGUUAUUGAGAAUCGAUUCGAACCAACAAGACCGAAUAUGUUGUCACCCCAACAACAACAUCAUUUGUACCUGCCGGAAGAUGAAUACGAAAUGCAACCAGUUAGGAAGAAUAAACGACGUGAGAGAGCUCCACCGCCAUCACCGCGAAUUAUGUCACCCAUGGGUUUCGCGGUAAAUCGACAAGCUCGUCUGCAACAAUGCGACGAUGAUUCCAUGUAUGGUGACGAUUGGGAUUUUUCGUCUGACCUACCAUCCAGAGUUCGUCCCGUACCGAUUUGGUUGUGCGUAUUCCUGGUCGUUGGGUACAUCAUAGCAGGAGCGUUUUUAUUUAACAGUUGGGAGAAAUGGAGCAUUUUGGAUUCAGCAUAUUUUUGUUUCAUCACACUGACAACGAUUGGUUUUGGUGACUUUGUUCCUGCUCAGGGAACGGCUAAUCUCAGUCCCGAUGUGUCGAUUGCAUUUUGUUCGUUGUAUUUACUAUUCGGCAUUGCCUUGUUGGCUAUGAGUUUCAAUUUGGUGCAAGAGGAAGUUAUUGCAAAUGUUAAAAAUGUAGCUAGACAGCUUGGUAUUUUAAAGGAAGAGGAAGUUUAUUAUUAAAGUUAUUUGUACAUUUACUUUAAGCGAUUUGCAUCGUUGUCAUAUUACAUGAAUAUUUGCCAUGUAGAACUUUAUUGUGCACAUAAAGCACCCGAGGUAUCAAGGAAAUAUAUUAUGAAGAAUGUAGUACAUGCAUACAGUGUUUGACAGAG